AUGACCUCCCGGUUACGUGCGUUGGGUGGAAGAAUUAAUAAUAUACGCACCUCAGAAUUACCCAAAGAGAAAACUCGAUCCGAAGUCGUCUGCAGCAUCCGCUUUCUAGAUGGCUUGGUACAGACCUUUAAAGCUAAUAAACAAGAUACCGGUCAAGUUCUUCUGGAUAUGGCAUACAACCACUUGGGUGUGACUGAAAAGGAGUAUUUUGGUUUGCAGCAUGGCGAUGACUCAGUAGACUCUCUUAGAUGGCUGGAAUCAAGCAAACCCAUCAGGAAGCAGUUAAAAGGAGGUUUCCCCUGUACUCUGCAUUUUCGAGUAAGAUUUUUUAUACCUGAUCCCAACACACUACAGGAAGAACAAACCAGGCAUUUGUAUUUCUUACAACUGAAGAUGGAUAUUUGUGAAGGAAGGUUAACCUGCCCUCUUAACUCGGCAGUGGUUCUAGCAUCCUAUGCCGUACAAUGUCAUUUUGGAGACUAUAAUUCUUCCAUUCAUCAUCCAGGCUAUCUUUCCGAUAGUCAGUUUAUCCCAGAUCAGAACGAUGACUUCUUAACGAAGGUGGAAUCCCUCCAUGAGCAGCACAGUGGGCUAAAGCAAUCAGAAGCUGAAUCUUGCUUUAUUAACAUAGCACGGACCCUCGACUUCUAUGGAGUGGAGCUGCACAGCGGUAGGGAUCUGCACAAUUUAGAGCUAAUGAUUGGGAUUGCUUCUGCGGGCAUCGCCGUGUACCGAAAAUAUAUUUGCACAAGUUUCUAUCCUUGGGUGAACAUUCUAAAAAUUUCUUUCAAGAGGAAAAAGUUCUUUAUACAUCAGCGACAAAAACAGACUGAAUCCAGGGAACAUAUCGUGGCCUUCAACAUGUUAAAUUACCGAUCUUGCAAAAACUUGUGGAAAUCCUGUGUCGAGCAUCAUACAUUCUUUCAGGCAAAGAAGCUACUACCUCAGGAGAAGAAUGUUCUGUCUCAGUACUGGACUAUGGGCUCUAGGAACCCCAAAAAGUCUGUAAAUAACCAGUAUUGCAAAAAGGUGAUUGGAGGGAUGGUGUGGAACCCAGCCAUGCGGAGAUCAUUAUCAGCGGAACACUUAGAAACCAAGAGCCUGCCUUCUCGGUCCCCUCCCAUCACUCCCAACUGGCGAAGUCCUCGGCUCCGGCACGAAAUCCGAAAGCCUCGGCACUCUUCUGCCGAUAACCUUGCGAACGAGAUGACCUACAUUACUGAAACUGAAGAUGUGUUUUACACGUACAAGGGCUCCCUGUCCCCAAAAGACAGCGAAUCCGAGGUUUCUCAGAACCGAAGCCCGCACCGAGAGAGUAUAUCCGAGAACAAUCCAGCACAAAGCUGCCUGACCCAGAAGUCAUCCAGUUCUGUGUCUCCAUCUUCAAAUGCUCCAGGCUCCUGCUCACCAGAUGGCGUCGAUCAGCAGUUCUUAGAGGAUUUCCACAGGGUGACCAAAGGGGGCUCCACCGAGGACUCCAGCCAGUACUACUGUGACAAGAAUGAUAAUGGUGAUGGCUACUUAGUUUUGAUCCGCAUCACGCCAGAUGAAGAUGGAAAAUUCGGAUUUAAUCUGAAGGGAGGAGUGGAUCAAAAGAUGCCUCUUGUGGUGUCAAGGAUAAACCCAGAGUCACCUGCGGACACCUGCAUUCCUAAGCUGAAUGAAGGGGAUCAAAUUGUGUUAAUCAAUGGCCGGGAUAUCUCAGAACACACGCAUGACCAAGUGGUGAUGUUCAUCAAAGCCAGCCGGGAGUCCCACACGCGGGAGCUGGCCCUGGUGAUCAGGAGAAAAGCUGUGCACUCAUUCGCUGACAUCAAAUCUGAAGAUGAACUGAACCAGCUUUUCCCAGAGGCCAUUUUCCCCAUUUGUCCAGAGGGUGGGGACACCUUGGAGGGAUCCAUGGAACAGCUAAAGAAGGGCCUUGAAAGCGGGACAGUGCUGAUCCAGUUCGAGCAACUCUACAGAAAGAAGCCCGGUCUGGCCAUCACGUUUGCAAAGCUGCCUCAAAAUUUGGACAAAAACCGAUACAAAGAUGUGCUGCCUUACGACACCACCCGGGUCUUAUUGCAGGGAAAUGAAGAUUAUAUUAAUGCAAGCUAUGUGAACAUGGAAAUUCCUGCUGCUAACCUUGUGAACAAGUACAUUGCUGCUCAGGGUCCCCUGCCACACACCUGUGCACAAUUUUGGCAAGUCGUCUGGGAUCAGAAGUUAUCACUCAUUGUCAUGUUGACGACUCUCACAGAGCGAGGGCGGACCAAAUGUCACCAGUACUGGCCCGAUCCUCCCGAUGUCAUGGAACACGGCAACUUUCACAUCCGAUGUCAGUCAGAGGACUGCACCAUCGCUUAUGUGUUCCGAGAAAUGCUGGUCACCAACACUGAGACCGGGGAAGAGCACACUGUGACGCAUCUCCAAUACGUCGCGUGGCCCGACCACGGCGUUCCUGAUGACUCCUCAGACUUUCUGGAGUUUGUCAACUCUGUGAGGUCCCUGCGAGUGGGUGGUGACCCCGUGUUAGUUCACUGCAGUGCUGGAAUAGGGCGCACCGGUGUGCUGGUCACCAUGGAAACAGCCAUAUGCCUAAUUGAGAGAAACCUGCCUGUUUACCCACUGGAUGUUGUCCGGAAAAUGCGAGACCAGCGUGCCAUGAUGGUGCAGACAUCAAGCCAGUACAAGUUUGUAUGUGAAGCAAUUCUUCGUGUUUAUGAAGAAGGCUUAGUCCAAAUGCUGGAUCCCAGUUAAGACAACUGUGAAAAACGUUCAUUCCUCUUUCCCAAGGGCAUCCUCCUUAAGGACAGACGCCUCUCUGGAAGCAGCAAGAGGAAAUUUGUAGGCUGUGGGGAAGGAAUGAGCACAUUUGAAGCCAGGCACUUUAAAGUUCUAAAGAAGAGGUAUCGUGUACAUAGGAACUGUGUAGAUACGCAUGCAGUUACCGCAACAUUUAGGCCCGUUUGUCCUCGGAAAUAAGCAAAAGGGGAUCUCAGUUUGGGGCCUGUCCUAUUGCCUUUCUCCCUAGACGUCACCAUGUUCCUGUAAACCAUCCUUGGGCAAUUGAGAGGGGAGGCCAGCAGUGCUGUUGACCUCCCAGAAACAAGAGGGUGUGGCUACUUGGAGUUGCUUGGAUGUUUUGUGUGUAUAUGUGUAUAGGACUCUAAGGGCUGAGCUUUCUGGGCUUCGAGGCAGAGAUGGGACUGUUAGCUUUCACCCGCCGAUGCUAAGGGAACCCUGAUGAGUGUACUCAGUGGUAGGGUGGUGGGAUUUCAAGCUGAAGGGCGGGCGCUACCUUUUCUGCCCCAUCUCCCUCCCACUUCCCAUAUUCGUGUUUCUGAAAAUCACGUCCAAAAUGCCCCGCUUGCUCCCCGCAUUAAUGACCCGUUCAGGGGCUCACACAGUGCCUGGACCAGGUUAGUAACGUAGGUUCCGGCGAGUUUUCAGUUGAGACUCUGAGAAUGAAGACUCCCUGUGUGUCUUGUCACCCGUCAUUAGGAGCAGGGUGCUUCGGGUUUCCACUUGCCUCUUGCUGUCCCUGCAGAACCCAAGACUGGAAUUGUCGACUACUGAAUCUACUACAUGGAUUGCUGCUACUUCAAGCUAUUAAACUUGAAACACUACGAUUUUCCUGAGGGGAGAUGGGAUAUCAUCUUAAUAUUCAGAAUCUUUGGCCCUUCUGAGGAAAGAUCUAGUCAUGGAGCCAUGGGAAACCCAGCUUCUAGAGGGUUUUCCGUGGAUGUGUGUGGAUGUGUGUGUGUGUGCCCAUGGUAAGUGUUUCUCAGGAUUCCUAACUUGAUUCAAAUUACAGUUGAGUUUCUAUAAAGAAUGAGUCUCUGUAUAGAAGAACAAAUGUGUGCAUUCACCCUCGGUUAGAAUGGUCUCCAUUUCAUUUCAAAGGAGAGGAUCAGGCUAUCUGAAUAUAAACACAAUUUGAUGUUAAUUUAUUCUAAGUGCACCCUGAUUUUAAUUGUCCUAAAGAAUCCUGCCUUUGUUCAUACUGUGUUAAAUUUUUUAAAAAUUUGUGACAGGAUUGUAGCAAAUUAUUAUUUAAGGAAAAAUAAAUUACAUAAGAAUUUGAAUGUGGUAUUUUUAAAUAGCGGCUUUUAUGUAUCCUG